AUAGUCACAAUAAAGAUGGUGGAACUAUGACUAGAAAUAAUAGUUGGAGCAGUUCAGGGUGUAGCGAGGCAUUGCGGGGCGUAGUAGGGCACGCAGGGCGCCGAGCAAGACCACUGCAAUAAUAAAUAGUAUAGUCUAUACAUAAAUACAUCCAUACCUAAAUAAACAGACAGACAGCGCUGAAGACAAACUUCUCCUGUGUGCAAGGGAGGGAAACACAACUGACUUCCUGUUUUAACAUGUUUUGCCCUUUCUGCUGUUUUCAGCUGCACUCAGAGACAAAAUGGCUUCCAUGUCAGAGGAGGAUCUCUGCUGUUCGGUCUGUCAUGAAGUCUUUAGAGAUCCUGUUGUUCUGUCAUGUAGCCACAGCUUCUGUAGAGACUGUCUGAAGAGCUGGUGGACAGAGAAACCAACACAGGAGUGUCCAGUUUGUAAGAGAAGAUCUUCAAAGCCAGAACCACCUGUUAGUCUGGUAUUAAAGAAGCUGUGUGAGUCCUUCUUACAGCAGAGAGAUCAGAGAGCUUCAGAGGCUCUCUGCAGUCUGCACUCUGAGAAACUCAAACUCUUCUGUCUGGACCAUCAGCAGCCAGUGUGUCACAUCUGCAGAGAUUCAGAAAAACACUCCAACCACAGAUUCAGACCCAUCGAUGAAGCUGCACGACAACACAAGAAGAAACUCCAGGAAACUCUGGAGCCCUUAAAGGAGAAGAUAAAGGUUUUUGAACAAGUUAAAGUGAAGUUUGAUCAAACAGCAAAACACCUGAAGGUCCAGGCCCGACGCACAGAGACCCAGAUUAAGGAUCAGUUUAAGAAGCUUCACCAGUUUCUAGAAGAGGAAGAGGAGGCCAGGAUGGCUGCACUGAGGGAGGAAGAGGAGCAGAAGAGUCAGAGGAUGAAGGAGAAGAUGGAGGCUCUGAGCAGAGAGAUAGCAGCUCUUUCUGACACAGUCAGAGCCACAGAGGAGCAGCUGAGAGCUGAAGACGUCUCAUUCCUGAUCAACUACAAGGCUGCAGUGGAAAGAGUCCAGCAGAGCCCCCUGCUGGAGGAUCCACAGCUGCUCUCAGGAGCUCUGAUAGACGAGGCCAAACACCUGGGCAACCUGAGCUUCAACAUCUGGAACAAGAUGAAGGACCUGGUCUCCUACACUCCUCUGGUUCUGGACCCAAACACUGCUGGUCCAUAUCUCAUCCUGUCUGAAGAUCUGACCAGUGUGAGAGGAGGAGAGAAACAGCAGCUUCCUGAUAAUCCAGAGAGGAUUGAUUCUCUCUGCUCUGUCCUGGGCUCUGAGGGCUUUAACUCAGGGACUCACAGCUGGGAUGUCGAGGUUGGAGACAGUACAGGCUGGUCACUGGGUGUGUUAGCAGAGUCUGCCCAGAGGAAGGGAGUCAUACGAUCUGGAUUAUGGAACAUAUGGUUCUUGUCAGGUAAAUACAGAGCAUCCUCUCCAUCAGCAACAGAGACUGAUCUCCCGUUUGAUAAGAAGCUCCAGAGGAUCAGAGUGACUCUGGACUGGAACAGAGGAAAUCUGUCGUUCUCUGAUCCUGAUACUAACACACACAUACACACCUUCACACACACUUUCACUGAGAAGAUGUUUCCAUUCAUUUACACUACAGAUAAAGUCCCACUGAAGAUAUCACCACUGAAGGUCUGUGUGACAAAUAAGCAGGGCUCGACAUUAAGGCUUGUCCGCUUGUCCGGGACAAGUGGAUUUUUUCGUAGGGCAAGUGGAAGAGAA